AUGACGUGCUGGAGCGUAACCCAGUGUCGCCGCCAUAUUGAAACCAGAUCGCAUGGGAUUACCUUUCACAAGUUUCCGAGUGAUACAGGCUUGAGGAGGCAAUGGGAAGUUGCUAUAAGACGGGAGGGUUUUGUUGUGACUGAGUCGUCAAAGCUCUGUAGUGAGCACUUCAAGCUUGAUGAUUUUGACAGGACGGGUCAGAUUGUCAGGCUUAGAGAUGGCGCGACUCCAUCUGUCUUCAACUUCCCAUGUCAUCUCCAAAGACCUGUAGUGACAAGGAACACAAAAACUUCAAGGAAAGCUGAAGAGAGCCUACCAGUGGACCUUUCUCAGCAUUUCCCUGAAAGUGAACCUCAGCCCAAUGAUGACCACUCCUAUGCAUUGCCCAAUUCUCCUACUCGUCUAAAGGCCAGACUCUGUGAAGCUUUGGCUAGAGUGGAGAGUCUAGAGCGGGAGAAGCAAAAUGCAAAGGCCCGAGAACGGAGAGCAAAGAAAACCGUAAAGAGUCUUCUGGAAGAUCUGAAGGAAACGAACCUUAUAAAUGAGGAGUUGAAUGAAAGGCUUGACUUCCACUCUGAUCUUCAGAUAGACCUCUUUUCAAAGCCGAGCCAUGAAUACACCAAGGACCAGAGAGAGUUUGCCCUCACACUGCACCUCCAUGGUCCGAAAGCAUACAGUUACCUGAGAAAUUCUCUGCAUCUUCCUCUGCCACAUCCACAUACAUUGCAACGGUGUAGUACAUGUUUUUUUUUAAUUACACUUUUUAAACAUACUGGUUAAAAUACUUAAACACUUCAGCCCUACACAAUGUACAGCAAACAGGGAACUGAUGUAGAAGUUUUGAGCGUGUAUGUGCUAUUUUCACUAUUUUUUGAAAGUCUUGGAAAAAAGAACAAUCUUAGAAAAAAAUAAAAAAGUGCCCAAAAUAGGGAUCCAAGGGUUGAAGCACUUAAAUAGCUAUUUAUUUUCUUUUUGUAAAGGUGGAUGCAAUCAGUGGAUGCCAAGCCUGGGCUCAACACAAUGAUGUUGGACUUGUUGCAGAGAAGGCGUGAAGAAGACCCUGCUAAAUAAGGCUCUGUGGCCCUCAUGUUGGAUGACAUGGCCAUCAAAAAACAUGUCCAGUACAAUCCCUAUACCCAGACAAUGUC